GUUUAUUUUUUAUCCCUUUACACGGUUUCCUCUUAGAGACUCUGGCACUAAUGAGAACUGUCAUAUUCAAGCAUUUUAAGACACCUUAAGCUUAUAACUACAAAACACAACUUUCUACACCCAAUACACAGAACAUUUUGUAUGUCUUAAAAAAACAUUUUUUUAAAAUUUUUUUCAAGCAAAAAUGAAUGAGUUCAUUAAUCUGGUCCAGAGAUAGACCAAUAGCAUAUAAAGACAAGAAGCAACACUAUAGAAACUUAUGCUGAGAACAUAACUAGGCAUCCAAGAACUGUCCAUUAAUUAGCUCAGUAAUAUUAGUUGAAAUUUGGUAACGGUUGGCAGUUGGAAUCCACCAGCCGCUCCUUGGAAACCCUAUGGGGCAGUUCUACUCUGUUCUGUAGGGUCCCUGUGAGUCGGAAUCGACUUAAUGGCAAUGGGUUUUUAAGAGCACAAGGAUCACUUCGUUGAUGCACUAUGAAACAUAAUUACUGUAAAUGUAAAAAGCUUGUCAGAGUAAUGAGUGUUGUCGAAAAAUUUACAUUUCUCAUGAUCUUAAAUAUUAUAUAUGAGUGGUGUUAGCCUAUAUGAUCAAUAAACUUUUAUUAGUUUAGGGAGUUCAAAUUAACUGUUCUCUCCUGUUGGAACAAAAAUCAUAUUAAGCCAAUAAAAGAAAUUGAUUAACGUUUAUUGAAUAUAUGAUUUGCAACUCAGGGUAACACUUCAGCUAGGCUGUUAGAAAUGUUACGGAGAUGAAAAAGAGCUUUCAAAAUUCUUGUACCAAAUUUUAUCGUCAUUGCCAUGGAAAAAAGGGUGGGAACAGAACUGAUAAAUUUGUGGUCAUGAAGGACUUUCAUACAGCAUGGUCUUGAAGAACAAUUAAAAUAAUUACGUACUGAUUUACCCUAAACAUAGCUCCCAGUCUGACCUUUGGUGUCUGUUUUCCAAACUAACGGAAUUCUUCAAAGAGCACAAAGCCCAAAAUAAAAUGGUCUUAAACUAGUUUACCUGGACCACUGUUUGACUCAAAAGUAGCUUUUUAGGAACCACUUUUUUCAAAGCUCAAGGUUCAAAAGGGUAAUAACCUAUGUGCGUCAUUUCCAUUUCUGAGGGCACAUGCGCUCUUCUACCCUCUAGUCAGUAAGGUUUGGAUGUAUCUGUAAGGUAUGUAGAUAAUAAGCCCUAAAAUGUAAGGACUGCCAUAUUUUAAUAGCAAAUCGUUUCAUUGGUACCUGUUUCCCCAUCUCUAAAUUAUUUGAAGCAUGAAUGUCAUCAUCCAUAUACUCUACCCCAAUGGCGAUACCGUUUAAAAGGGCAGCAUUUAAAGCAAUGAAAAAUAACGACUAGGGAUGGUAUUGACUGUUCUAUUAAGAACUACUAUGAAAUCAGGGAAUCAGAAGGAAAAGUCAUACCGGUUUUAGGACUCCCCAACUUAUUCAUAGAUUGUGUUCUGCAUGUUUGGAACUAAAAACACACUUUCCUAUAAAAAUAGCAGUAAAGGGAUAACACAGGUCACAAGCUCUCCUAAAUGAGGCGGCGGGCGGGGGGUGGGAGUGAGAGAGGUAGUAAGAGGCGGCGGAAGGAGUUUACGUUUGAGGGAAAGUCCCAAGAUUUGUUUUUGGCAGCCCUGGUGGUGGCUGUGGUGUGAUGGUGCAGUGGUCAAGCGCUGGGCCGCUAACAAAAGUUGUGGCAGUCUGCUCUGUAAAGAUUACAGCCUUGCGAACCCUAUGGGACAGUUCUGCUCUGUCCUUUAAGGUCACUUUGGGUCAGAAUCGACUCCAAGGCAAUGGGCUUGUUUUUGGGGUCCCGGGAGGGGUUUUGGUGCAGUGUAACACACCCAAAAAGUAAAGCGGUGCCCUACUGGCCCCCUAGAACUACAAUUCCCAGAAUGCCACAGUUCACGCUCCCGUGCCGGAUACAGCCUGCUACUCUCAACCCCGUUGGACCUGCUGCAGGAACGCUGGUAUCUCUGCACGCAUGGCUUCUCCUAGCAAGGCGGUUAUUGUUCCCGGGAACGGAGGCGGGGAUGUGGCCACCCACGGCUGGUAUGGCUGGGUGAGAAAACGGCUGGAGCGGAUACCUGGUUUCCAGUGUUUGGCUAAAAACAUGCCUGACCCAAUUACAGCUCAGGAGAGCAUCUGGUUGCCCUUCAUGGAGACGGAGCUCCACUGUGAUGAGAAGACCAUCGUCAUAGGCCACAGUUCCGGGGCCAUUGCUGCCAUGAGGUACGCAGAAACACGUCGAGUGUAUGCUAUUGUGUUAGUGUCCGCAUACACAUCGGACUUGGGGGAUGAAAACGAGCGUGCGAGCGGAUACUUCAGCCGCCCCUGGCAGUGGGAAAAGAUCAAGGCCAACUGCUCUCACAUCGUGCAGUUUGGGUCCACUGACGAUCCUUUCCUUCCCUGGAAGGAACAACAAGAAGUUGCUGAUAAGUUGGAAGCCAAAUUGUACAAAUUCACUGACCGUGGCCACUUUCAGAACACGGAGUUUCACGAACUGAUUAGCGUGGUAAAGUCUAUGCUGAAAGUACCAGCAUAGACAGGAUGAUUUCUGUUUCUCAAUAUAGGGGCACAGCAGUAAUAUCUGUUAUAUAUUAGACAAUUACUGGGUGCACAAAAAGAUCAGUCAGUUUGGAAAUGCCUGAAAACAAACACAAGUUUCAGUGUUCAGACUAAUUUACAGGCAGCAUUUGUUUUCUACAGAAUUUAAACCUCCCCAAAUUGCUGUGAACCGAAGCAAUAAUUUUCUUAUUUGAUGAAGGACACAAGACAGUGUAAGCAUCCUCGUCUAUCCAAAGUGCACAAGUCAGAAAUAGAACUCAGGUCUGCUGAUUCCCAGUCUAGAUUAAAACGAAAUAGUUCUCAUGUAUGUCAUAGGAAUUAUACUCUUCUCAGUUUUGAAAUAAAAGAAAGUUUGCUAUUUCAUUAGGGAAAGAAAGUAUGACUGAGGGUCCAGGGUGUUGACUUGGAGGUCACAACACUAUCCGCUGUUUCAAGCUGGCCGGGAUAUCAAGCCCAGACUAGGGUGUUCACCUUUGACAGUUUGUCCCCCAGUCCUUCAAACACAUGUGAGGUAACGAUAUAUUAGGAUGCUAAGAGUCGGGUCUGCAGGGGUCAGGCAGGGAACAUAAGUGAGCACAGCUGACUGGACAAUGAGAGUAGAAGGAUUGGUACAGUUUGGAGAUGCCUGUCUAAAGCCAUUACUUAGGAUCAGGGAAUUGUUGCCAUGUGGAAAUGUGGGCAAGAAUUUGUCAGAAUUCUGAUUUUUUGAGGACAAAAAUUCCUGAAAUUUUUUAAAUUCAGGGCAUAUAUAUGAGUAUUAUGUCUAGUCCAUAUACAUAUGUUCACUGGUAACUACAGUAUAAAUAAAAAUUUACAAACACCACAAACCAAAUGAAAACCAAGCCAUCCAUCUGUGAACAGUGCCACAGCCUUAACAUAGCCAGGUGCUUUUAGAUAAUUCUAUAGAAAGCCUGAGAAAAGCCUGAAAUAAUCAGAUGAACAUAAUUUCAAAGGAUGAGACUAUGGGAACAAUUUGAAUUUUGUUACAGUGUUAAGGAUUUUUAAAAAUUGUUUUAGCUUUUAACUUCUGUGAUCCUUGAGAUCUUUUUCAAGCAUUAUUCCAUAAUCUGUCUUCUGAUCACUUUUCCAAAAAUACACUUUUUCAUUUCCCAACAUUUUUUGGCUAUUAUCUCAAACUAUUUCCAGUGAAUUCACACUUGUUGCAGAACCUGACGUUUGCAGCAGUAUUGUGAAUUCCCACACUGUGUAUGCUUAAAGGGGGUGCAGAGCUAUCAUUUUAUCCUGAAGAGCCUUUUGCUUUCUAAAUAUGCUUGAUGUUGUUAGUUGCCAUGAAGUCAGUUCUGACUCAUGGCAAGUCCAUGUGUGUCAGAGCAGAACCGUGCUCCAUAGGGUUUUCAAGGCUGUGAACUUUUGGAAGCACAUCACCAGGCUUAUCUUCCGAAGUGCCUCUGGGUGGGUUUGAACCACCGUCCUUUUGGCUAAUAGUUGAAUGCUUAGCCAUUUGUACCACCCAGGGACUCCUAAAAUGUGCAUAGACAGAAAAAAGUCAGGAGAGAUACUCAAUAUUUAACAGCAGUUGUCUUCGGGGAAUGGGAAUUUUGGUAGGUAAAUUUUAUAGUGGAGUGGAUGUCCCCUUUUUACUUCAUACAUCUGGGAAUUAUUUGGAUUUGUUAUGCCAAAUAUGUAUUACUUUUAUAAUUAAAAAUAAGAUUGAGGGAGGAGCAAGAUGGCGGCAUAAGCAGUUGCUCCCCUACAUCCCCCCACACCUAAGUCAGUGAACAACAAAUAAAAACUGACAGGUUUCAGAGCCGCGGAUACCACUUGAUGUGUUGGAGAACUGAGGUGAGACCUAAUCCAGGAGAUAAAUAGAGCAGGGAUGGCCGAGCCGUAAGGCUAAGAUUUGCUGACUGCCGGCACCUGCCCUACCUGCCAGCUCAGCUCACUGUGGCCACUUUGGGACAUGGACAGGCAACCCCCCUGGACAAAGGACCCCCAGGACGGGCAUCUACACUAGGGACACACACGGGCUCAGAGAUACUAGGUAGAUAGCCUUGGACAGGUCUGAUGAAAGGGGAGACGGUGACUUCUCAGUUGGGGUAGAACUGAGAGAAGGUGGCAUGUCGGUACAACGUGGAUUUGAAAUCCAGGAAACUAAGGGAAGUGCAGUCCAAUUAAAAGUGGUGCAUAUUGGCUGUGGGAAUUCACGAGUUGGAAACGGAACCCCAAGCACACACUUGGCGAGAGGUACAGGGAAGCUGAAAUGCAGGAGGUGAGUGUUUUUUUUUUUUUAAUAACUUUUAUUAAGCUUCAAGUGAACGUUUACAAAUCCAGUCUGUCACAUAUAAGUUUACAUACAUCUCACUCCCUACUCCCACUUGCUCUCCCCCUCUUGAGUCAGCCCUUUCAGUCUCUCCUUUCUUGACAAUUUUGCCGGCUUCCCUCUCUCUCUAUCCUCCCAUCCCCCCUCCAGACAAGAGUUGCCAACACAAUCUCAAGUGUCCACCUGAUAUAAUUAGCUCACUCUUCAUCAGCGUCUCUCUCCCACCCGCUGACGAGUCCCUUUCAUUUCUGAUGAGUUGUCUUCGGGGAUGGUUCCUGUCCUGUGUCAACUGAAGGUCUGGGGAGCAUGGCCGCCGGGAUUCCUCCAGUCUCAGUCAGACCAUUAAGUUUGGUCUUUUUAUGAGAAUUUGGGGUCUGUAUCCCACUGAUCUCCUGCUCCCUCAGGGGUCCUCUGCUGUGCUCCCUGUCAGGGCA